AUGACCGACGCGGAGCAGUACGUGUCGGCGAGCGCCGGACAGCGCCAGUUCGCAGCCCAGGUGCUGGACGAGCUCUGCUCCAGCCUGGAAUGGUCCUACCGGCUGGAGCGUCCAGAGUCCAGGAGCCUCCCUGUGCUGGACGUGGGCUGCGGCCCUGGAGACACCACGGUGCUGGAGCUGCUGCCACGCCUGCCCUCCGGCGUCCGAGUCGUCGCCGCGGACUCCUCCCCUGACAUGCUGCGCAAAGCCGCUUCGAGGUUCCCCGAGUCAACAGUCGACUUCCAGCUUCUCGACAUCGGCACGCCGUACCUCCGGGAGUCCGAGGUGUGGCGAGUGGGCCCCUACUCCAAGCUCUUCUCAUUCUUCUGCCUGCACUGGGUGCCAGAUCAGAGGUACGCAUCUACACACUAA